AUGGACACCUUAAAGAGACUACACAGUGACUACCAGAGUGAUGAAGACUUGGUCGUCGAAGGCAGGAUAAGACACCCAUUUGCGCCCAAAUGGAGCUCUCCCAGGGGGCGAAGGAAAAGCGCAGCGACCUCACACGAGCGCUAUUCCGCAUAUAAUAACAAUAGUUGUAAUGGUCUUAACGUUAGCAGCGGUGAUGAUCAACAUGAUUACCAUUACCGCGAUUACCACCACUACAACGACGAAAACGAACCAACAAAUCCAUUUCGCAAAGCGGAAUACAUGAAGCCAAAGGAAGGCGCAACAAAGUGGGGCAGCCACGCUGAUCAGGUCGACAUGACUGAUCGGUAUACUUCUCAUUUCCUGGGCAGGGGGUUAAAGAACCACGCAAAUGGACAGCAAGAACAUGUAAAAAAAACAAAACUUAAAAUGUAUAAAAAUUUCACACAAAAAAGACAGCUAAUUAACUCUCCAAAUUUUUUUCAAAUUCCAUUUGAGCAAAACAAAAAGGAGAGCAAACAUCAACCAGCUGAUGGGCUCGCAAUUCACAAAAACAAAUGGGAUUCUUCACCUUCAAAAUUAAGCAAUCAUCUCCCCGCAGCCAAACUUGUUAAAACAUUUAUGAAAGAAAAAACCCAUUUUAUCAUCCCAUACAAAAAAUGGCUACACGAAAAGAGGGACACAAAUUGUCCACCUAAAAAGAACAGCCCUUCAGUGGAACCCUGGGAGGAGGCUGCAGCUGUGGACACAUAUUUGCAUAAUCCAGUCACGAGCCGAAUUGGCCAAAAAUUAUCACAAAAAACGUACCGAUUUAAUCAUUCUAACAUCCAUAUUUGCACCUUUAAAAGUGUUAAUGAUAAUUAUGCUAGAUUUUUUAGGAGAAGAUUAUUGAAGAAUAAAAUUCAUGCACUGCUGAAGAUACAAGAAGGCGAAGAAACAAAAGGAAUUUUCAACCCAUUCAUGAAAAUUUUGUUCAAAUAUGAAACUCCCUUCAUGUGGAAGAAGGAAAAUUUUCACCAAAACAAGCACUUUUUAGGAAAGCUAAAAGAGAGAGAAAGGGGUAAUGCCCACACAUACCAAGUGGAGGGAACUGGCCAUCUAACCCCUUUGAUAAAGGAAGGAAACUCAAAUGGGGCCACUUUCAAUGUGGGUAAUUUAACUCACGAAGAAAACUUCUGUUCGAACAAGAGUUCUGACCAUAGGGAUGAACUUCUAAAUAGAAUCCAAAACAAACCAGUGAAGAAUCAAGCAAAAGAUGCACCCCUGGGGGAACAACCAUAUGGCCAUUCGCCAGUGACAGAAUGGUCCACUGCCGGUGGCAUCGUCGAUUCUUAUCUGAACGAAAACGAGGAUUUUUUUGAGCAGAAUUUUCUGGAAGAGGAAUUUUGCGUGGGCAGCGUUUCAACGGCGCAUGCUGACUAUUGUGACGCUGACCGCUGUGAUGCCAAUUCGUGUGAUGCCGAUUCGUGUGAUGCCGAUUCGUGUGAAGCUGACCCCUGUGAGGUGGACCUGUCCCUGGACGAAUCCAUAAAAACCCUCAUAAGCAACUGCAACAGUAUUUUUAACAACCACUCCAGCAACCCCACGCAGAACCAUUUUUCCCAAGCGAAUCAGACACAGGCCACAGGGAAGGGCACCUCCUGCGUGAAACUCCCCCCACGGAACUACGACGCAAUUAACCUCCUUAAUGACGAUUGGGUUAUGAACCUGAAUCGUGGUCGACAAGAAAAAACCCUGCCGAGGGAGACAAAACCAAAAGGUGAAAAAUGCCAACUGGUAAAAGAAGAGAAGCAACCAAUUUGUGAUGACUCCUACGUUGUGAAAACACAUGAGGAGGAAAAACACACGAAUAACCAUCACGCCACAUAUUUGCGUAAUUUGCACAGAAGCGGCCAAAUGAAUUCUCACCAAUUGGAAGCGUCAGCAGGAGGAGAAAAAGUAGCAUCGAAAGAGUUUCGGCCAUCGGGGCAGGACAAAGAACAGGAGUUGUACACACACACGCCGCAUGACACACACAACGAUGAAAAAAUUUGUGCACUGAAAAAAUUGCACAAACAUGUAAAUGAUAAACAUCCAGUCGUAUUAUUACCCGUAAAGAAGGACCAUCUUAAGGUAGCAUUAUGUGACCAGAAAAAUACAAAUAAAGAUAAAGGGGAAAAAAAAAAAAAUUGCUCCAAAAUGACGAUGAAAACAUACCCUAAUGUGGAACUCCCAUAUAGUCCUAACUGCAGUGUACAAAACAGUGCAUGCAAUAAGAGGCACAUAAGAAGAACAAAAAAAAAUAAGAAGGAUAAUGAAACUAUCACGUAUUUGCGCUUUUAUAAGAAGAGUCUUUUAACCACGAAAGGAGAAAAAAAAAAAAAACGUGCAAACAGCCACAGCGAUAAUUGUAACGAAUGUUCUGUGACGCAGAAUGUAAUUUCUCCCUGUGGGGAAUACGAAAGUGCCUACCAUUUGGAAGAAGAAAAGGAGAAAAAUAAUGUUUUUUCCACCCUUAAGAGCGCUCAGGAGAGCGUUCAAAUAACAGAAAAAGGGAAAGACAAACAGAGCGGUGCUGCCCGUCAGACAAAUCGUAACGUAGGAAGUCAAAAUAGACACACAAAACCCCCCCAGGGGAAUAUUUCAAAUGAGAUAUAUAUUGAUAAAAAAAAUUACAAAGCGGAAAUAAAUUCCAUUAAAGGGAAGGAACAUGCCCAAAAUGGCUUCACUCCAAACGGGAUGGCAAAUAUUGCACAGACUUCACCGAAUGGUGAGCAACCCCAAGGCAGUCCCAUAAAACAUGAUCGCCCAACUCCUCCUAGGAGUAAUAAGGAGCACACUCAUUUGAGGCGAAAACAGAGUAUGGGCACAAACGCCAACAACUCCACUCAUGUCUUCACCUCAAAUAAUGGAAUGGGUGGAGACACCUUCCAGGGACAUGAUCCACUCCCUGACGGCGCCCCUCAAAAUGGAAACAUAAUUGAUAACGCUAUUUUGGAGGACCCAAGCAGCGACAUGAGUUCAUCCCAAAUGAAUCAAUCAGUGCAUGAAAUAGAGUUGAACCUUUUGGAGGACGGGCAUGUCUCUCUACUUUUGUUUGGAGAAAAUGGAAACCACCUCCUUCAAUUUAGUAUCGAAUUGGAGGUACUGGAACAGAACUGCAAACUGUUUAAAGGCUUAAGAGAGAGUGAAAGGGUAAUCAGCAAUUCGGGCGCAAAUAUGGGUCCGGAUGUCGGCAAAAAUGCCCCAAGAAGUUUCCCCCCAAGUGACGGUCAAAAUUGCUGUGAUCUCGCCAGUAGCCCCCCCAAAGCAACCACUCACUUUAUCCAAAAGGAAGAUAUCAUACAAGGUUACUGCAGCCGCUUGACACUGAGCGAGCAGAUGGAACACAUUCACCGCAUCAUCAGCAACUGUCUGAGCGUGGAAAAUUUCACAGUCCUAUUUACACUCCUAAAAAUGAAAAAAAACAUGAACAUUGUGCUACUCCAAAUUAACAAAAUAACAGACGAAAUAAAAAAGCUUCUCAUAAUGAUAGAAAACAAAUUACAAGAAAUAGAGAACCUUACACCCCAAUUGGAAUUUUUAAAGAGUGUAAAAAAAAUGGCAAAAGUUACAGUCAUACAAAACUGCAUGAAUUUCUUCCUACGCAUAACUAGCAUAUACAGCAACAUUUGCACCUUGAUAAAAACACAAAAUGCCAUUUUUUCACAUUUCAAAUUUAACAACGAAAUAAUCAGCAGUUAUUUAUUCUUUGUAAAAAAAUUCUCCACCUAUAUAUCCAACAGUGUAGUCGAAAUACAAAAUUUCUAUGUCCAAAUAAAAAACAUGCAAAAUGAGCAAGCAGAACAAAAUUGCCUGAACAGGCAAGAAAAAUCUACACUCAAAAAAAUCCACAACAAAUUAGAAAAUCACUUAAAUAUUCACUACAGGAAAAUAUUUAUCUUUAAACAAAUAUUAAACAUAUAUUUAAUCGAAUUGAACAAUUUUAAAAAGUACCACAAGGAUUACAUGAUUAGCAAAAUUAACAUUUUAAUUAAUUCCAAAUGUCCAUAUGAUCUGCUCCUCUUUUCCAUCCUCGUGAAAUCCAAAACUCUCUGUGAAAUAAGUGUGAGGAAAAUAUGCCACAAUUUCGACAUUACUAAUUUUCAGACAAACAAAAAGAUAUAUGCAGUCUUUUUGAACAAAAAAAUUAAAAAUAACAUCUUGAAGAAGAUUAAAACAACCGUUGGGGAAAAUGCUUACGUUACGUUAAAAAGUAUUUUUUUCUACAAUGAGCUAAAUGGCCUCAUGAAAAAUGCUUUACGUAAUGGUGGCUUCAAAGCAGAACGUCAUCUCAACGAGCAGCGUGAAGAAACAAGGGAGGGGAACUCCUCGGACCAAUGUUCCAUGGAGUCUCCCCAAGGGAAGGAAAAACGACCCCCUAAUUUAAUGGACAAUCGUGAUACCUGGAAUAAUCCUUGUAGUGGAAAAACUGCAACGGCUGCAAAGGGGAAAAUACAAAAAGCGGGAGAAGGAGAAAGCCCGAAAGGGGCGUGCAAGAAACAUGACGGAGGUGUAGGUCCAACGGGAACGAACCAACCAAACGUGAACAACUACGAACUGGUGGAAGAAUCUAAUGAGAGCGUCCCGUCCAAUGUUACAACGAACACCCUGUCCACCUGCUCUUCCCUAAACGACUGUGAAGAUUCCAAGUAUUUACAAAACAUUCACAAAAUUUUAAAAACCAAAAAUGCGCUAACUUUAGUAAAAAAUAUUAGACGAUCCCUCGAUAUACGUAAUCUCUCCACAUCAAACAACUGCUCGGGCAAGAAAAAAAAGGAGACAUACAAAAGCAAAUGCAGUGAGGGAAAAAAGUCGAAAAUUUCCUUCCCCUCCAUUGUUCAGUCGCAUUUAAGCAAAUCUCUUUCCAAAAAUGAAGAAAAUUGCAUCAAAUUAAAUUGCCCCAGGAAAAAAAAAAUCAUAGCAAAGGAAAUUGACCAACGGAGGAAAGUCUUCAAAACGUACGAAAGAGGAAGGAAAGCAACAGAAGAAAAGGGUCGCUCAACAAAAAAUACCUCCAUCCAAAAUGCUGCCUGGAUAACCCAUCCAAGUAGAAAAGGCGUGCCACCCCCAAGUAACACACGCCCAUGCUGUAAAUACAAGUCUUCGCUUAUGGACCAACCAAAUCCCCCUGAACAGUCAUGCAAAACAGAACAAAACACACUAUACAACAAAAGGGAAAAGAAGAAAAAAAAAAUCCUUGAGAACAUUGAAAAAAUAAAAGAAAUAGAAAAAAAUUACAAACAACUACAAGAAAUUCAAAGACAGGAAAAAUUCAAAAAAAAACUCAACGAAUGGAAACUGAAAAAAAUUACAAAAAGGAACAACAUAAACCUGCUAAAAAUUAGGGGACUGAAAAAUAUAAAAAAAAAUUUGUUCAUCUCCUUUGUUAAGAAGGACAUUAACGGGAUAGGCACGGUGAUCAGGUGUAAGAUCAACGGCGGCAGGGCCAUCAGUGCGGAUAUGAACCCGAACGUUUGCACUGAUGCAUACCCCAGGGACGUUCCUAGCAACCAUACGGGAUGCAGAAAUAUAGGAGGAAGCCAUAUGGAAAGCAGUUCGUCACAUCCUAUUUCCGAGUCCAGGAAAAAAAACGUAAAGGACAUUCUGGAUAAUUUCAAAAAUUCCAUCCCCGCAUGUAGGAAUAUAGGGAAAACGAACCUCCCUUGUGGAGACUUGAAUGGGGAGGAGGGCGCUCUUAUUACACAUAAAAAAUUGCCCUUAUAUGACCACUUAACCAAAUUUGAUGAUUGCACGUUGGACAAAAAUCACCUGAACGGUUCAGGGAAAAACAGACAUAAUGGAAUUUUAAAUUAUGAAGUAGUCGAAAAGGAUGUCGUAAAAACAGUUAACACAUCAGAAGGAGUGGCAAACCCAAUGGAUAAUAAAAUUAUUAUAAACGAUAAAACAAGGAAAAAUUUUAAAAAGCGGAACACAAAUUGUGAAGAUGAAACUGCCCACCAUAAUAAGAAGAACAAAGAGUAUAUUCUUCACCAAACGGAGGAACAUUUCACGGAUUCCUUUUUUAAUAAAAAAUUAGAUGAGCCAUCCCCAUCGGAGACGCAUUUUUUUACCGCAAUAGAGGACGAAAAUGAAGACACAGAUAUUAUCCUUUCCCCUAGGCAGAGCAAAAACGAACCAAAAAAAAGCACCCUGGAGGUGUCAAAUAAAAACAUAAAGUACAAGCUAUCAGACUACAUGCAAAAAUGGAACAAAACGGACAGUACCCCGUCUGUGUGCAUCAAGAAAGGGGAAGUUUCCCCCACUGGGAUGAAAGCAGUACCACGAAAGGAAGUCACAAGAGGGAGUCACAAUGUGGAUUAUACAGAUGAGCGAAGUGAAGUCUCAACGGAAGGAAAUUGCUUCCCAAUACAGGAAGAUGAGGAUCCACAUGUGACCCAUAUGCCUAACGAGACAUCAAACGAAUGGCUCAACAGAAGAAAAAAAAAAACAUUUCUUCAUAUUGGAAGUGGAAAAAAUAAUGACCCAUUUAGACACGCUACACUUUUCCCCAUCCAAGUGAACCACAAAAUGAAUUCCAAAAUGGUUAGUUGUGGAAGGAUAAAACCAAAUUACGGCUUUUACAUAGGGGGCAUUUACAAAACGAAGGAGUCGAUAGAAAGAAGACGGAGAAUCGAUAACUAUGCAAAGGCUCUGAGAACAUUAGGCCAUUUAAAAAAUAUUGAAAUGUCGGUAAAAAAUAUUAAAAAUGUACCAAGUAAAGUUAAAAGGAAAAAUAUUAUUGACUUCCUCAGGCGGAGACAACGUGAAGGAAUGGCAUCGAACCAUUUGAUUUACAAGGAUGAGUACGUUUUUUUAAAAAAAAAAUUAUCCUCGAAAUUUUAA